AUGCUGUUCUUGUUGUUCAUCGUUCUAAUUCUCUGUGGCUUUCUGUGGAAUUACAAAAGACAAUUAAAGAUUGCAGACGUCACUGAUAAGUACAUUUUUAUCACUGGAUGUGACACGGGCUUUGGAAAUCUAGCAGCCAGAACUUUUGACAAAAAAGGAUUUCGUGUAAUUGCUUCUUGUCUCACUGAAUCCGGAUCAACAGCUUUAAAAGCACAAACCUCAGAUAGACUUCAGACUGUGCUUCUGGAUGUAACUGACCCAGACAAUGUCAAGAGGACUGCCCAAUGGGUGAAGAAUCAAGUCGGGGAGACAGGUCUCUGGGGUCUGAUCAACAACGCGGGUGUUCUUGGAGUGCUGGCUCCCACCGACUGGCUGACGGUGGACGACUAUAGAGAACCCAUCGAAGUAAACCUAUUUGGACUCAUCAGUGUCACGUUGAAUCUGCUUCCGUUGGUCAAAAAAGCUCGAGGGAGAGUCAUCAAUGUCUCCAGUAUUGGGGGAAGGCUGGCAAUCAGUGGAGGAGGCUACAUUACAUCCAAAUAUGCCGUGGAAGGAUUCAAUGACAGUUUAAGACGGGACAUGAAGGCCUUUGGAGUACAUGUUUCCUGCAUUGAACCAGGACUUUUCCAAACAGGAAUGGCAGAUCCAAUCAAGGCAAAUGAAAAAAAAUGUGCCAUUUGGAAGCAACUCUCUCCAGACAUCAAACAGCAAUAUGGAGAAGGAUACAUUGAGAAAAGUCUGGAGAAACUGAAAAGCUGUGCAUCCUUUGUGAAUGUGGACCUCUCCCUGGUGGUUGAGUGCAUGGACCACGCUUUAACAAGUCUCUUCCCUAAGACACGUUAUGUUGCUGGGAAAGAUGCUAAGACUUUCUGGAUCCCUCUGUCUCACAUGCCAGCCGUUUUGCAAGACUUUUUAUUAUUGAGCCGGAAAGUAAAGCCGGCUAAUCCCAAAACAGUGUGA